AUGAGCGCAAAUUUCGGUGCAGUUCCCGACGCCUGGGACGAUUCGUGGGAAAACCAAGCCGAUAAACUAGACUCAAAGUCUACCCCGCCGUCCGAGAAGAAAGUCUCGUCGAAGGUCACAAAGGCGCAACGCAGGGCGGAGCAAGCAGAGUUCAAUCGCCAGUUAUGGGCCGAAGCCGACGCCGCAGAAACCUUCCACUUCGCUGAAGCGCGCGCCGACGUUCCCCACAAGCAAGACUUCAAGCCCGCGGUUACUCUACUGAGUCGGAAACCCCAACUUGUGAAAAGACAUUCAUCUUCUCCGGGUACAGUCGCUGGCGCAACUGCUGGACUUGGUCAGCUGGGACUAGAUGGAGAUGACGAGUCAGACGACGAUAGUAGGCCACCCCAGCCAACACCCGAGGAACGUCAUGCUAUUGCCUUGAAAAACCGAGAGGAGAAACAACGAAAGUAUGAAGAAGUGCGCGAACGCUUGUUUGGAACAUCGUCUACAACAGCCUCGGGUACGUCGUCGCCUGGCAGUACGACCCCACCUCGUCAACCCCAUACAGGCGAGGGGAGAGGUAGAGGCAAAGGACGUGGCGGCGGACGGGAUCACCAGAAGAGAGAUUCAUCGUCUGUUUCCAGCAAGUCUAGACAUCUCUACGAUCCAUCCACUUCAAUCAAGCCAAAUGCACCACCUUUCCUGCCCAGAGGUGGUCGUCCGCAACUCGAGCGAAACGGCUCCGACCCGCAAGCUCCACAGCAACCGCUCCGCAGCCCUCGGGGCCCUGAUGCAAGCGGAAGAGGUGGCUUUAACUUCAAUCGGGGCGCUCGGACAGGCUAA